AUGUAUUCAAAUCGAAUUCUUUCAUUUUUAAUUCGAAAAGAUUAUACAAAUAUUUGUCAUAAAAGAAUUAGAUUUUCAUAUUUUUCAAACUAUUCAAAUUAUCAUACAUGGCAUGAAAAGGAUGCAAGUAUAUUGAAAAAUAAUGUUGAUAUAAAAAGCGAAGAAUUUAAAUAUAAUGCUACCAAAAUGAACGAAUUGGUAAAAGAUUUAGAAACACUUAUAAAUAAAAUUUCUUUAGGUGGUGGUGAAGAAGCUAGAAAGCGUCAUUUGGAUCGUAAAAAAUUAUUACCUCGUGACAGGUCACCUUUCUUAGAAUUUUCACAACUUGCAGGAUACAAAUUAUAUUCAGAUGAUGUACCUGCUGGUGGAAUAAUUACUGGAAUUGGACGUGUAUCAGGAGUGGAGUGCGUGAUUGUUGCAAAUGAUUCUACUGUUAAAGGUGGUACUUACUAUCCUAUAACAGUUGAUUCUGGAGGUGCCAACCUUCCUCAGCAAGCAGAGGUAUUUCCUGAUCGAGACCAUUUUGGACGUAUAUUCUAUAAUCAGGCAACUAUGUCUGCUGCAGGAAUUCCACAAAUCGCGAUUGUGAUGGGAUCUUGUACUGCAGGUGGAGCUUACGUUCCUUCUAUGUCUGAUGAAAGUAUUAUUGUUGGAAAACAAGGAACUAUUUUUUUAGCUGGUCCACCCUUGGUUAAAGCUGCUACUGGUGAAGUGAUCACUGCAGAAGAACUUGGAGGUGCCGAUUUACACUGUGAGUGUAGAAUUGAUUUUAUUAUCAAUUUUAAACACGCUCUUCAAAUUGCAAGAAAUGCCAUUAACUCACUUAAUUGGAUAAAAAAACCAAAUAUUAUUAUGAGAACACCAGAAGAACCUUUAUAUUCUGCAUCAGAAAUUGGUGGUAUUGUUGGUGAUAACCUACGCAAAUCAUUUGACGUCAAAAAUGUGAUUUCAAGAAUUGUUGAUGGAAGUCGAUUUCAUGAAUUUAAAGAAUUAUAUGGAUCAACGUUAAUUACUGGAUUCGCACAUAUUCAUGGUUAUCCAGUUGGAAUCGUUGCGAAUAAUGGCAUUCUUUUCUCAGAAUCUGCAUUAAAAGGAGCUCAUUUUAUUGAACUUUGUGCGCAACGUGGUAUACCGCUUAUUUUUUUGCAGAAUAUUACAGGUUUCAUGGUAGGAUCAUCAGCAGAAGCUGGCGGUAUUGCCAAGAAUGGUGCGAAAAUUGUAACAGCUGUAUCAUGUGCAAAAGUACCAAAAUUAUCGAUAAUUAUUGGUGGCAGUUUUGGUGCUGGUAAUUAUGGUAUGUGUGGAAGAGCGUAUAGUCCUCGAUUUUUAUGGAUGUGGCCGAACGCUCGUAUAUCUGUUAUGGGUGGUGAACAAGCAGCAAGUGUUUUGGCACAAAUUAAACGAGAAUCAAAGAUUAAGAAAGGCGAGGAGUGGUCUGCGCAAGAAGAAGAAGAGUUCAAAAUUCCAAUUCGUGCUAAAUAUGAACAUGAAGGACAUCCAUACUUUUCGUCAUCACGUCUUUGGGAUGAUGGAGUUAUUAAUCCUGCAGAUACACGUAAAGUUCUUGGAUUAGCACUCAGUGCUGCUCUAAAUGCUCCGAUUGAGAAAACACAAUUUGGAGUUUUUAGAAUGUAA